ACAACACCUUAUGCUAAUGGCAAUAGCCUUGCUUUGCAUCCACACGGCAGAUGCUAGAACAGGAGUGUGCUAUGGCACCCUUGGCGACAAUCUACGACCACCAAGAGAAAUCGUCAAUCUAAUCAAGGGUAACAACAUUGGUAACAUUCGACUAUACAACCCUAAUCCAGCAAUUCUCGAAGCACUUCAAGGCACCAACAUCUCCGUCAUCGUUGGGGUGCCCAAUGACGAGAUCCAAGGCAUCGCGACAGAUCCAUCUGUCGCCACAUCUUGGAUCCAAAACAACAUCCGCAAGUACCAAUACGUCAACUUCCGCUACAUUUCCGUGGGAAACGAGAUGAACCCAUCGGACAACCCCAACAUCGCACCCUACAUUCCGACAGCCAUGCAACGCAUCUCCGAUGCCCUGGCCACGGCCAGGCUUCGGAGAAUCAAGGUCUCCGCUGUCCUAAGCAUGUCGGUUAUCGGGGUAUCCUACCCUCCAUCGGCCGGGGCAUUCCAACCCGAAUUCCGCGAAUCCUUCAUCGAUCCAAUUAUCAAAUUUCUUCUCAAAACACAUAGCUCUUUUCUAAUUGAUGUGUAUCCAUAUUUUGCAUAUGCUAGUGACCCCACCAAUAUUCCUUUAGACUAUGCAUUGUUUACUUCUAAAUCGGUUGUGGUUAGGGAUGGACCAUACAAAUACCAAAACUUAUUCCAUGCCAUGGUCGACUCGGUCCACGCGGCACUCGAGAAGGCCGGUGGGCAGAGCCUCAAGGUUGUGGUGACGGAGACGGGGUGGCCCUCGGCCGGAGGGACAGCGACUACCGUAUCCAAUGCAUUCGCUUAUAACUCAAAUUUGUACAAGAGUGUCAGAAGGGGAACUCCUAGAAGGCCAAGGAAGCCUUUGGACACUUACAUUUUUGAUCUCAUUGAUGAGAAUCAGAAAACUCCUGAACUUGAGAAGCAUUGGGGAAUCUUUCUUCCUAAUAAUGUCCCUAAAUAUCAAGUAUCUUUUAUUGCAUAA